AUGAGAGGUUCUCUGGCGGGUUGUGAUAAGGGUCCCAGGCCAUGGCAACUUGCGCUAAUUGCUGGUGGUGGGGAUGCAUCGAGUCAGACGUCUAGUGGAUUGACGACUGGGUCCUGGGGCGAAUGCCCGGUCGAGAAAGACGGAGAGUCUUUCCGAAGAGACUCCUGCGGGGAAGACCCUUUCGGGGAAGACCCUUUCGGUGACGACCCGUUUGGUGACGACCCGUUUGGUGACGACCCGUUUGGUGACGACCCGUUUGGAGUGGACCCUUGGGAGCAAGCUCGCUGGAGUCAAAGACCCCAGAGAGGAGACCUGUGGUGGACGUGUGAAGGAGACGUGUGUGAAGGAGACCUGUGUGAAGGAGACCUGUGGGAGGGAGACCUGUGGGAGGGAGACCUGUGGGAGGGAGACCUGUGGAUGAAAGGUCCUUGGGAGCAAGAUGAGUGGGGUGAGGGUUAUGAGUCCACGGACGUGGCUGAAGCGUGGAACUGGAAUGUGGAGACCGGGAUGAGUGGGGAGCGGGUGCCCGUCCCGCGGUCGACGCCAGCUGCAGCUCCGACGGUGAUUGGGUUCCUCAAGAAGGACGGCAAAAUGUUGACAGUGUUUUCUCCCGGGCUCCAACAGGGAUUGUGCCUGGACUGUGAUUCCAGCGCUCGACCUGGCGCCGUUAAGACCGUGCUGGCGGAUGUCUGGCGGGAAAAGGCCGCGACACCAAGCGACGACGUGCUAGAGUUCCAGCGCCUCGUCGGCCGUAGUUAUGCGCCUUUCCCUGCACGGGUCGCGUCGGCAGUGGAGGUCCGGGGCAGCAUAGCCCGGCGGCUACGCAGACGCGUGGACUACCACUUGACCCUGCUGCAACAGAAAAACUCUGCCGCCGGGGAGGCGCUGCCCGGUGAGGCACUGCCCGGUGAGGCGCUGCCCGGUGAGGCGCUGCCCGGUGAGGCGCUGGAGUUGGACCACCGGGUCGGGUCGAAUUGUCUUGACGGACUGGAUGGGCGUUGCUGCCACGAGGAACCGAUUUGUCGAAAGUACCAGACUUUGGGCGCGUUGGUACAGCACCACAAGAUGUCGUUGCGAUUGUUCAUGAGCAUCAUGCUCGAGUCAAUCCAGAAGUUGAAGUCGUUCUCGAAGCGGGCGCUGCUGAGGCAGAUGCAUCCGAAAGCGCUGCCGCUGGCGUACGACGGUCUGAAGCAGAAAGUAGACAGCGGCUACAUCUACCCGUACCUCGCUUCGAUGGACCAGAUCCUUUUCGCUAAAGGAGACCCGUUGGUCUCAGUCUUCCUUCAGCCGCGGUUCCACACCAAACGGUCUGCCGCCAUGGAUAUGACUGGCCUCCUGUUUGCAAAGGUGGCCAUUCUUUGCGGCGCCAUCAAGUGCCCUCAGGUCAGAGACUCGCAACGCUGCUCCGGACGGCAGCCGGCGUGCAAAGCCGAAGAAAAAGUGGUAAAAACACUGCUGAAGGGACGCGCAUUCAAAAACUACGACAUCUGGCACACAGCACUAUCCGCCUGCUACAAGGAAGCCGAACAUCAGAAAUACACCGAGCAAUACAUCAUUUCGGAUAUCCGUCAAGGGUGCGCAACGCCGACCCUUACCGAACACAGACAUCAGGCGCCUUGUCGAACAGAUACCUGCCCCCAGGUGCUGGCAGGUCCUAAGUAA